GCGCCCGCGGGCCGGGCGCUUCAGACUGGCAGUUGAAGCAGCGACUCCCCUUUGUGUCUGGUCUGAGGGGGGGAAAGGGAGCAGCUGCCAGCCGAGCCCCGAGCCUUCCCGGCGACUGUGAGGCGACGCGCCGUGGCGUGAGAAACACCCGCGGAGGGCGAAGGGCGGGCUGCCAGGCGCCCCCAAAGGCAGGGUUAGACUCGUAAUGGGGAGAAACGCCGUUAAAAUCCCUCACGUAGAAGACGACGACGCCUUGUUGUUUUUAAACGUCAAGUGACUGAAAAUAACACUUCAGGAAAGAGACGACGACAGAGAGAAAUCCGGGUGUUUCCCCCCCCCUUUGGUUUCCUCAUACCUCGGCCUUUUAAAUGCCUGUCCGUAGCUGCCUUUUGGGGGAUCGAGGAAGCUGCUUGUAGGUGACAAUCGUGGGUUUUUUGUUUCGUCCUCUUCACCUCUCGGAUAUGAUUCCUUUGCAACGUGUGCGGUGCUUUGAUAUUGCGAAGAAGCGUGGGAAGUAAGCCUGGUUUUUUUAAAUAUAUAUAUAUAUAGAGAGAGUAUGCGAAAGAUGACCGCCGGCUGGGGGAAAAGGACAUGUAUGUUCGCUUGAGAACCAAAACUCUCAUCUGCCGAUUGGGAGGCAAGCCCUGAAACAUGAAGACAGAUCCGUGUAAUGGAGUAAGAGGUCAGACUGCUCCUCUCAUCUGCCAUUUGCCCUUUCAGACUGGAUUGUAAACUAAGAGGGUUAAGACACUUUGGAGACUGGAGAUUUCCUCCUGCUGGCAUUUUAAAAGAAAAUUAUUAUACACAUCAUCCACCCUCCUGGAUUUCUUCAAAUAUGACCGCCUUGCUGCAGCACCUUUUGCUAUUGCUCCUUUUCUCCACUGCCACCUUACUACUCAGCACUGCGGCUGCUGCACAGAGCGAAGAGAUGACAUGUGCAUUUAGGGACCAGUACCAAAAUGAUCAUGGAAUUAGCGAAAGUCGAAUUUCUCAAGAGAAUGGUACAGUUUUGUGUAUGAAAGGCAACACCUGCUAUGGUCUGUGGGAGAAAACACGUGAAGGAGACAUCCAUCUUGUGAAACAAGGAUGCUGGUCUCAUAUAGGAGACCCUGAAGACUGUCACUCUGAGGAAUGCAUAGUCACAACCACCCCUUCCUUGGUUCAGAACGGGACAUAUCGUUUCUGCUGCUGCAGUUCCAACUUGUGCAAUCUCAACUUCACAGAGAAUUUUCCACCAGCAGACCCUACUGAUGGAACACCUUUCAAUUCAUCUCAUUCACUUCGCCGAGAUGAAACAAUUGUCAUUGCUCUGGCAUCAGUAUCUGUAUUGGCUGUUCUGGUGGUUGCCUUUUUCUUUGGAUACAGAAUAUUUGGAGGGGAUCAUAAACAAGGUUUGCACAGUAUAGACAUGAUGGAAGCAGCAUCAUCUGAACCCUCAUUAGAUCUUGAUAAUCUGAAGCUACUGGAGCUUAUUGGUCGAGGGCGAUAUGGAGCAGUUUACAAAGGUUCCUUAGAUGAGCGUCCAGUGGCUGUAAAAGUAUUUUCUUUCACUAAUCGUCAAAACUUUAUCAAUGAGAGAAAUAUAUACAGAAUCCCACUCAUGGAACACGACAAUAUUGCCCGAUUCAUUGUGGGAGAUGAGAGAUUCACUGCAGAUGGCCGGAUGGAAUACUUAUUAGUGAUGGAAUAUUAUCCCAAUGGCUCUUUGUGCAGGUAUUUGAGCCUUCAUACUAGUGACUGGGUGAACUCAUGUCGUUUGGCACACACUAUAACUAGAGGUCUGGCAUAUCUUCACACAGAGUUACCUCGAGGAGAUCACUACAAACCUGCCAUCUCCCAUCGGGAUUUGAACAGCCGCAAUGUAUUGGUGAAGAAUGAUGGAACAUGUGUUAUUAGUGAUUUUGGACUCUCCAUGAAGCUAACAGGAAAUAGACUAGUGCGCCCAGGUGAGGAGGACAAUGCUGCAAUCAGUGAGGUUGGUACAAUCCGUUACAUGGCCCCUGAAGUGCUGGAAGGAGCUGUGAACUUGAGGGAUUGCGAAUCCGCUCUAAAACAAGUAGAUAUGUAUGCACUAGGCCUAAUCUACUGGGAGAUUUUUAUGAGAUGCACAGACCUGUUCCCAGGAGAAUCAGUGCCAGAGUUCCAGGCAGCAUUCCACACAGAGGUUGGAAACCAUCCCACUUUUGAAGAUAUGCAAGUUCUUGUUUCAAGGGAAAAGCAACGACCAAAAUUCCCAGAGGCCUGGAAGGAGAACAGCUUGGCUGUGAGGUCACUGAAAGAGACAAUUGAAGACUGUUGGGAUCAGGAUGCUGAAGCUCGGCUGACAGCCCAGUGUGCUGAAGAGAGGAUGGCUGAACUCAUGAUGAUUUGGGAAAGGAACAAAUCUGUCAGCCCAACAGUCAACCCUAUGCAGUCUACAGCUAUGCAGAAUGAGCGAAAUCUAUCACACCAUAGGCGUGUGCCAAAGAUCAGACCAUAUCAAGAUUACUCUUCGUCAUCUUACAUUGAGGACUCCAUUCACCACACUGACAGCAUAGUGAAGAAUAUUUCGUCUGAGCUUUCAUCAUCCAGCACACCACUGACGAUUGGGGAGAAGAACAGAAACUCUAUUAACUACGAGCGACAGCAAGCACAAGCUCGCAUUCCUAGUCCUGAAACUAGUGUCACAAGCUUGUCAACCAACACUACCACCACCAACACUACAGGUCUCACUCCGAGCACUGGCAUGACCACCAUAUCUGAGAUGCCUUACUCAGGUGAAACAAACCUUGGUGCUACAAAUGGCAUGCAGCCACUUGGGCCAACUCCUGUUUGUUUGCAACUAACAGAGGAGGACUUGGAGACCAACAAGCUGGAUCCAAAGGAAGUGGAUAAGAAUUUGAAGGAAAGCUCUGAUGAGAAUCUGAUGGAGCAUUCCCUUAAGCAGUUCAGUGGGCCAGAUCCACUCAGCAGCACUAGCUCCAGCUUGCUGUAUCCACUGAUAAAACUGGCAGUAGAAGCAACAGGGCAGCAGGACUUCACGCAAGUUGCAAAUGGUCAGGCAUGUCUAAUUCCAGAUGUUCAGCCUGCUCAGGUCUACCCUCUUCCUAAGCAGCAGAACCUCCCAAAGAGGCCUACUAGCCUACCUAUAAACACCAAAAACUCAACAAAGGAGCCUCGGCUGAAAUUUGGAGGGAAGCACAAAUCAAACUUGAAGCAGGUCGAAACUGGAGUUGCCAAGAUGAACACUAUCAAUUCUGCAGAACCUCAUGUGGUAACAGUUACCACAAAUGAAGUGGCAGGAAGGAGCCAUACAAUAGCCUCUCAUGCUGUACCAACCCAGUAUGUGAAUGGUACAGUGCCAUGUGGCCAAGCAUCCAGCUCAGGGGUCCAUAGGGCCCAGGAAAUGUUGCAGAACCAGUUCAGCGGAGAGGACAGCCGUCUGAAUAUCAACUCGAGCCCUGAUGAGCAUGAGCCCUUGUUGAGAAGGGAGCAGCAAGUGAGCCAUGAUGAGGGCAUUCUCGAUCGUCUGGUUGAUAGGAGAGAACGCUCGCUGGAUAAUGGUAGAACAAACGCCAACAACAACAACAGUAACCCGUGUCCAGGACAAGACGUUUCUGUCCUCCGUAGUCAGAGCACAGCACCAAAUUCUGGACAGGUCCAUACUAGAAGAGCACAGAGACCUAACUCGCUGGAUCUAUCAGCCACAAAUGUUUUGGACGGCUGUAGUAUGCAGUUGAGUGAGUCAUCCCUAGAUGGCAAACCUGGCUCAGGAGAAAAGAUCAAGAAACGUGUGAAAACACCAUAUUCCCUUAAGCGGUGGCGCCCUUCAACAUGGGUCAUCUCUACAGAACCACUGGACUGUGAAGUCAACAACAAUGGCAGUGAUAGGGUAGUCAGCUCAAAGUCCAGCACAGCUGUUUUCCUUGUAGAAGGAGGUACUGCUACAACUAUGGUGUCUAAGGAUACAGGUGUGAACUGUCUGUGAAUUGUUUAAAAGCUGACAAAAAUGACAUUUUUUGCAUUCUGUUAAGCAAACAUGCAGAAGACCUGGGGGGGGGGAGUCCCUUCUCCUGUCAGCACCCCUUACCAAGGACUUGCUUUAAAUAGAUUUCAGCUAUGCAGACAAUUUUUAGCUUAUGCUUCCAUAUUUUUAAUUUUGUUCUUAUUUUUUGAAACAUUUUUGCACUUUUUAUUUAGUAUUGCAAAACUACAUCUGUCUGUUCCUGACCACAGAAUUAUAUAUAUGUGUAUCAAAUGAUGUGGUCUCAAAAUAUUUUUUUUAAAAAACAAAAACAAAAAAACGUAUUGCUGAUAAUCAGUUUGGACCGGGUUCUAAAGGUCACUAAACACACAAGCCACCUGGCUACAGUGGUGUUUGCUGUUCAUGUUUUGAGUUCUGUGCACAAGCUCGUUUGUAUGUUUCUGUGUGACAGAGUGUAUUAUCUUUUAAACUCCCUAAUUUUCAAUUGUGUUAUGUUGAAAUGUGCAAUAGUCUGUAGUUCACAGUAUGCUUUGUGUUUCCAACCCUGCUACACAUUUACCCUUUUGGAAUGAAAGGGUGGUAGGGGUUUUUAAUCUAAUGAUUUGGCAGACAAUGAAAUCCAACUGUGAACUCUGCAAAGCAUAAUCAACUUAAAGCAGCUGCUUGUAUCUAUCUGUAUGUGUGCUCCAAGGUCACAGUUAAUGCAUGAUUUUCCCUGCCUUAAAAGGGCUUUUUAAAUAGGAAGGAGAAAAGAACAAACUUCUAUUUUCUUUCAUCCUUUGAAAUUAGCAAAUUGCAGCUUUCUUCAUAGUGGGCAAUGCAGCUUUGGAAAACUCUAAGCAAGAAAGUGUUGAACAAAAUAUAAGGAAUCAAAGGGUCAGUUUGUACAAUCAAUGGAGGUAGAUACCUGCCCUAAUAAGCUUGAUGCUUGAUAAACAUGCCGCACCAUUGGCAGGUUUACAAAGUUUAAAAGCUCUAUGUGGGAUAGAUGAUCUGUGGUAUCUUUUUUUCACCAAGCAAAGAUGCAUGUGCAAAUUAUAACUCUGGUAUGUGUAAACUGACCCCAAGUGUCUCCCAUUUUAUUUUAUCUCUUGUCGUAUACAAUUUGAAAGUUAAAUAUGCUUUGUAUUUAUGUACAUUUUUCCUCAAUGAAUGCUUUUGGUGUAUAUUGAAAAGAACAUUUUUGCCUAAUCUUGGUAAGUUAUCUUAAAUUUUUUACUGUAGGUAGGUUGGUAAGACAGGUUUUUGAUAGACAAGCUAAAACAUGGACUCAUUUGCAUGAUAGUCAUGUGAUGAGUUCCUAUGCCUCUGUACUUUUACUGCCCAAUUCUGAUGGCCUAGUUCAGUGUUGCAUCAGAUUGCCUAGGUGUAACUGGCUGAUUUACAGUGUAUUUCUUUACAUGUCUACUUAAGGAGUACAUCUCACUGAGUCCAGGUAAGUAUAUCUAGAAUUGCAGCCUUUGAAUAUUGUGAAAAUACCCAGUUCCUUCAGAAAUGUCCUGCUUAUGCAUUAAUUGCCCCUUUAGUACCUAUCAUCACAACAUAUCAGGGUUUUUCUAAGGAAAACAUUUUAGAAUAUUUUAGAAUACAUGUAACACUACAUAUUUGUGCAUGACUAUUAAAAAAUGGCCCCAUUAAAGCACCAUUUUGAAAGUCAAUAAGGAUAUCUCCCUAGACAGAAAUGAGUAAAUAUUUGCUUACUGGCCCUUGUCACAGCGUGAAGCCCUGUUGUCUCAGUUGUUAAGACUUAUGUAACCUUAACAAGAUAUAUCUUUACAAUCACUAAAUAGCAUCUAGUAUGAUAUCUGGUUCUAAAUAAAAGAUUGAGUUCUGAUUUAUCAUAAUCCAAGACUUACAUAACUGUCUUUUUGGGCCACAUAGCACAAUCUCUACAGCACAUUUUCUCCCCAUGCUACUUUCUGACGAACUGCUUCAUUCUGUUUUUCAGGCCUUUAAAAAUUGUUUAUUUCCUUAAUUCAUUUCUUACCAACUUUCUUCACCUUUAAAGUCUUGAACUCUGCACUCUUUUUGAAAUACAGUAGAACCUCGGCUUACAAAAGUGGCAAACCCGGAAGUAUUUUUCCAGGUUUCGUCGCUCGCACAUGCACAGAAGCGCUCUGCGCACUGCACGCAUGUGCAGAAGUGCUUUAUCGCGCUGCAUGCAUACGCAGAACAGGCACCUCCAGUUACGGAAUCCUCGGGAUCUGACCGGAGCUCCGGAACUGGUCCCGUCCGCAACUGGAGGUACCACUGUAGUUUAAGGUUACCAGACAUCCCCAUUUCCUGGGGACAGUCACCAGAUUUACAAAUCAGUCCCCUGACAAAAUCCACUGAAUUUGACUGAAGUUGAAAAGUGUCCCCGGAUUCAUUGAAAAAAAAUAAAUCUGGUAACCUUACUGUAGUUACAUCCAGCUACUGAAGACUAAACUAACUUUUUCCACUGAAUGAUGUUUGGAUAAACUGAUAGAUUAGAUUAUUGAAGGUAAUAAUUCAAAGUGGUUUAAAUUAAAUGGAAUCCUGGUACAGAAUAUCUGAAUGCUAAGUAAGUUAUUAUAUAAUUUAGAAUCUAUCAUGGACUUGGUUAAUGUUUAAAGUUUUCCAUCAAAUAAGAUCACUGCUUUCAUCCUGUGAUAAUCACAUAGAAAGCCCUCUUAAUCAAUUCCCCCCCCCAUUCAUAGCCCAGUUUUCAUCAUUUAUCUCCUACUGUGUUAAGUGACUAUUUUACAACUAUCUAGGCUAAGGAGGUUUCCUUCAUUUUGCCUCCUUCCUGGGGCAUAGCAUGCCUACAUCUAGGCUUUUUGUUAGAAGGACUUGGGGAGGGCUCAUUUGGGGUGGGAAUUUCCCUGGGCUGGGCAACCAUGCUGUAGUUCAGGGAUAGUAUAUCUUCCACUCCAAAAGCUGGGCAGCUUCUCAAUGCAUGUCCUCUUAGAUCUUAACUGGGAGUUCACAACCACAUUUUAAAAAUUAACAGAAAGUGGAAAGAGGCUACUAAAAAUAUUCAAGAGUGGAGUGUUUGUGCAAAUGAAACUGUGUGUGUGAUUUUUGGCUCCUUUUUAUUUUAGACCUUUUCUGGUGUAACACUUUGCAUGUUGAGACCUAUUGCCAAUGAUUGCAUGGUUUGAUUGUGAUUUCACUAAUGUCUCACAUCUGCAUAGUUGGAUGUGCCAAGUCUGAAUGCUCAUGACAAAAGGAUGGCAAAUCAUCCCUCUCCAUUCCCUGAAAAUAGACAUUUCACCUUUGGAUUAUCUUUGCACAGUUACUGGAGGUGGGGUGUGUGUGUUCUCUUUCUUCAAAUUAUACUGAUAGUAAUAUAUCAGUAAAUAGGCAUUUAGGGAGAAAGAACCUCUAUAUGAUAUUUUGGAGUGAGAGUGUUUAAUCAAAAGGUGCAUUCUUUUCCCAUGUUGUGAGAACAGUUUUCUAAAAAUGAAUGCAGCAUGUUCUCAAAGUUCCAUUAGUAAGCAAGUCAGAGACAAUUUAUUUUUCUAGUGUGACAGUUGCCUCUUUUCCCCCACAAAAAAUAUUUACUUGUACUGUAAUUCAAGGGAAGGGAAAUAAUGCACAAGUUAAAACAAUUGCACUCUUGUAGUUGUGCUUAAGUUAUACAUAUAAGCAAAGGAUUUAAAAUAAAUGGAAGAUGUGAGAAUCAGCUUUUUAAUUCAUGGAGGAUCAGUGUAGAAAACUUGCUUUUUGUGUUAAGAUAUAACAAAUGUCAGUUAUUCAUUCAGCCUUUCAUUUGAAUCUAGAAAGGUGUCCUGUUAAGUAGUGAUAUUUCUUUUACUUGAGUGAACAAUAUCAAAAGUUUCAAGGUCACAUGCUUAUUCUGAAGUACCCAGUGUUUCACAAAAUGAUUUUUAAUCCUCUAUGCCUCUAAAUUGGGGGGGGGGAGGGGGGAAUUAUAGAUAUGUAUCUGAAAGAAAAAGCCUACCAGCAAUUUAUUUGUGGUGUAGUAGUUAACAAGUCUUUUUGCACCGCUGCAUUGCUAAGGGCUGUUUGCUUUGUUUUUGUCCAUAAGGUUAUCCCUUAUGUAAUAAAUAAUUGUAACAUGCAAAUGAAUUUAAAGUUUAUAAAAGGCUAUUCCAUCAGUCUAUAUAAUGAAGAAUAUUUUAUGUGAUUUGCUUUUUAUCAUAUUAUGUAUGUCUUUCGAUGCCUUUUUUUCAGUAAACACAUGCCUCAGAUCUCUGUUGCAACUUUUUCCAGACACACUGUACGAAAUAUACUGAUUGGAAGUAUUAAGCCUAUAACCACAGUUAGCCAUACAAAAAGAUGAAGGACUCCCUAUAAGAUGGAAAUGUGUCUGAGGGAGCAAGUUAAAUGCUAAGCAUCCCUUCCCUACCCAAUCCUCUUCUCCUCCUGUCUGCAGCUUUUUUUAAAAGAGGAACAUGUCAUAUGGCACUGGGAUGAAUGUCCCUUUCAUCUCCAGUGCAGGCUAAGUACUGAAAUUCAGAUAAAAAAAUAUCAUAGGCAUUAGCCAUCAGCUAUAUGUGACAUUCAUUCAACUGUAUUGCACUAUGAAUUCCAAUGGCCUUGCUAACUGGGAAGAUAAUCUGGAGUAAGCAAACUCUUGUUUUCAACAGGGAUACACAAGCAACCUAACAUUCAACCUGAAAAAUAUCGUGCUUUUGCAAGUGCCCUGUUCAAGCACUCACAAAAGUGGAAGCCUUUUUUUUUUGUAAGUGUCCAGUUUGAGGACUUGCAAAAGGCUUGCUGGUCCUCACAGUGACCACUGCCUCCCAUCUCACCAACCUGAAUAAUAUAAUAUAUCUUGAGGCUAGGGCAGGAUGGUAGAAGAAUGGAAGCAACAGGUGUUCUGGAGCCCCUCUCAGAGCCUUCUUCCCAGCAGUCACUCAUAGUAUUAAGUCCCAUCCCCAAUGAAGAAAGAUGCUCUGCUGGGGCCUCUGGAUGCUCUUUGCUAUCUUUGACUCCCUCACUGGCAGAGGAAUGGGUGCGGGGGGGGGAGCACACCACCCUGACGGCACAAUCCCGGUGGGGUGCCAUUGCAGCUGCCCCCCCCUGCUGGGCACCACGCCCCCAGGACGUGCACCAGCCAUGCCCCCACCUGCUCUCCACCACUGGCUCCCCCUGUCUCAAGGUAAGUAAUUGGGACCUUGGGACAGGGGGAGGCAGAAGUGACAAUGGGCACUUGUCAGAUCCAGAUCAGUGAAGGAGUCCUGCUCACCUUGAACCAUUUUCGAGAGUUUGAACAUAUGUGCUGUCUUCUGUGACCAUUAGCAUGUGUGCUCUAUUUUAAGUUCUUUCUGUCAGACUGUAUACAUUUGGCCAGCCACACAGAUUUAUUCAAAACAGUCCACUUCCCUUUGUGUACUGCUGUUCAUUUUUAAAGAAAACCAUUUGCUCAAAGUACCAUUUUACACCGCUUUCCAAUAUUUCCUUCAGCACUUGGAAAGUUUAAUUUAAAACAGAACUAGUUCAAGUUAAUCCUCUCCCAAAGCGAACUACUUCCAGUUCAUCCUUUUACAAAACAAAACUGGUUCAAUUAAUUCAUCCAAAUGAAUUAAUAAAAAGUUCAUCUUAAAAUCAGCAUUCAGAAUGUCACAACCUGCUGUGCAGAUCUUUAGGGUCUAAAAGGAAAUAGGGGUACACAACUAAUAAGAUGUCUACCAAACAGAAUGUAAGCAAGUGAAUCUUUACAAUUUGUGCCAGCCACACUGCUGUUAAAGGCAUCAUUCAUUUUCUUCCUCUACCUAUACUUCUCACUGCAAACUACCCUGUUGAAAAAGAGCAAAUCUCUUAGUAGGGAAGUUACAGGAAAUGUCUUACAUUCCUUCCUUUUGAUUACAUAACCACAGUGAUUAAGUUACUGAGCAAUCUUAGCAACACCUCCAUAUCUGUCUACCGUAAUAAGCCUCCAUGGUUUGCUUUCUAACUUUCCUUACAGAUGUCUGACUGGGGGGGGGGGGGGAGAGUCUGGGCCUCCUGCCAGGCUGAAGAGAAGGGAAUGAAAGUGAAGAUGAACUAGAAAUUGUUCAAAGCUCUACCCUAGAAUAAACUUAAUACACCUUUACUUCACCCAGCAGUUAUGGGGACCACUUUCAAGUGUAGUCCAGAGAUUUUUGAACUAGUUCAGUGAACUUUGUUCAACCAAACUACAGUAGUUCAUUCCAAGCACUGAUUUCCUUGUUCCUUAGAACUUAAACUUUGAGGAUAUAGUAGUUGGCACUGUUAGCAGUGACGGGGUGAGCUCCCGUUGCUUGGUCCCAGCUCCUGCCAACCUAGCAGUUCGAAAGCACGUCAAAAUGCAAGUAGAUAAAUAGGAACCGCUACAGCGGGAAGGUAAACGGCGUUUCCAUGUGCUGCUCUGGUUUGCCAGAAGCGGCUUUGUCAUGCUGGCCACAUGAUCUGGAAGCUAUACGCUGGCUCCCUCAGCCAAUAAUGCGAGAUGAGCGCGCAACCCCAGAGUCGGUCACGACUGGACCUAAUGGUCAGGGGUCCCUUUACCUUUACUGUUAGCAGUAUCAGUCUCAUACUAUUUGAGUGGUAACAGAGUACUUGCUUAAGUGUUUUAAAGACAAAAAUUUGAUAUGAGUCUUAUGUGCUCUGCUGACAUACACCCCACUGUUACACAUGGGACCGCAGGAGAAGAUGCAUAUACAAAGCUGCUUUAUAAAAUUCCUAAACUGGAACAAAAGAGCAACUAAUCCUGAGGAACUUAAAAGACUAACAAAUGCAUUCCGGCAUGAACUUUCAUAGCUGCAAUAUAAAUAGGCAUUACGUGUCCUGAAAACUUGGUGGCCUUGUGACAUGUUCACAUACAAUGCUGACCCAUGGUUAGUGGUACAUGCACAAGCUAGAAUGAGGCAGAGCAAAACCACCAGCUUGCAUUCUCCUCCCACGUAGCCAAGAGAAAGACUUCUGCCAUGUCUAUUGGCUUCUCGUUACAUAUAAACUGGAGACGGUAGCAAAGAACACACUGGAUCAGUUUCAAAACGAGCCAGUUCCAAACUUUGGGUUAUAAAGUUGGCUUCAUUAACUAUCAGCAUGACAUACCAGGAUUUGUAAAAAACUGAAGCCAGGUAUUGCAAGAAGAGGGGAGGAAGAAACGAAAUUAACAACAACAACAUGUGCAAGUUCAAAGCUUUGCUGAGGCUCAUUAUAGCUCAUGCAUGUAGUACUAAAUCAUAGUUUAGCAUUGUGUGUGAAUUAGUACAGUGAGACUAAAGGAAAAAUAAAACACAUAAAAUACUAUACCACAUCAGAGUUGGGUGUGUGCCUUGGCUCAUAGAGGUAUACAAGAUGCAAUAAGAAAUUAGGAAUUAUUCUUUUUCUCCCUAUGAUAUUAACAAGUGAAACAGAAUUUUUUUAUUAUCUUAAAGCACAUCAUUCAGAUCUGGACCCUCACUUCCAACAGUCUUAGGUCUAUUUCCAGUUAUUAAUAUUUAAUAUCUGUUUGGCACAAAUACUGUGUUAUGCACUGUGUAUUUGGUAGCUUGAAACCAAGUUCUUUGUAUCUUAACAGCACUAUGAAAAAUUCCAAUGUAAGUUCCAAAAGAAACUGACAGUGCAAAUUAAGGAAAUGAUAAUUCCAUCCUCUUUAUUUGUGUAGCUUAUACAAUAUUGAACUGCAUUUCUUGUUUGCUUACUCAAAAGUGAGGAAAAUGGGUUGUAUUGGCAUGCAUGUAAGGUUGAAACAUCCUUCUCAAUGACUGUGGGCUAAGAGUUUCCUCCAUCUCAACGAUGGUGUGUUGUGACAAUGGAGAUAUCCCUACAACUUUAAACACGAAGUCAUGCAUAACCUCUAAUUGGAAAAAAACA